UACAUACAUCUAUAUAUACCCCUUCCAAUCAGGAAGAACUCACUCAAACAUCAUAUAUAUAUUACAAAGAACGAGAAAGGGAUCAGAAAGGUGUACGUACGUACAAUGGCAUCUGAAUGUCCAGGUAAGAACUCAUGGCCGGAGCUGGUUGGAGCAAGUGGGGAGGCUGCAGCGGAAAAGAUAGAAGCAGAGAAUAGCAACGUGCAUGUAACUGUGCUGCUGGAAGGGACGCCAGUGACUAAGGACUUUAGGUGUGACAGGGUCAGGGUUUGGGUUAAGGAGAGUGGUGUUGUUUAUGAAGUUCCUCGAGUUGGAUAGCUAGCUAGCUAGGUAGGCCAUUUCAAUGGCUUAAAGUACUGCAUGCAUGCCCACCAGGCAAUUGGUACUUGGAGAUUUGUGUAAUAAAUUAAUUAAUAUGUAAAAUAAUUGUACUAGCCAUUGGUUACGUACGACGUUGGCGGGCUGCCUCUUUGUAAA